UGAGAACAGGGUUACUUCCAGUUUGGCGGCUUUGUCGUCAAGUUUGAUUGGCUGUCACUGCCAAACGGUUUUGAAUUUGAAAAAGCUGUUAGACACAUUUGUUCAACCUGGUUCAAACCUCCAGAAACACAAGAGCUCCAGAGGAAUGCGGAAGACAGGAGGGGUCGGCAGUCAUCAGGGGCUCAGGAAUCAACCCGCCCACUCCACCAAAAGUGGGGAAAACUGGAGAAUAUCCCGAUUUAUGUAACUUUUGGUUCGCCCUGAACCACCAGAUCUGCACGACGCCAAUAUGUUGGUGGUUUCGAUAUGUGUGGCGAGUUUAUUAAUAUUCCCACUCUUACUCCAAACGUUGUGCCCUUAUUUCUGGAAGGAUGCCUUCUACUUAGUGAAGCUGAUCAACAUAUCCAAGACCUACAUCCUUCGGCGGAGGAGGAGACCAAUCUUCCUCUUUCUGGACCGCUUUCUGGAGCAAGCCGUCGCGCGUCCCGAUGCGACGUUCAUCGUGUUCGAGGAUGAGCGCUUCUCCUACCGCGACGCGGACACGACGAGCAACAGGAUAGCGAACGCUCUCCUGCGUCACCCUCAGUACCAUGCUGGGGACACGGUAGCGCUGUUCAUGGGGAACGAACCCGCCUUUAUGUUCAUCUGCCUGGCCUUGGCGAAGUUGGGAUCCCCCGCUGCGCUCCUAAACCACAACAUCCGCUCCAGGUCCCUGUUGCACUGCUUCAGCUGCAGCAGCGCCACGGUGUUGAUCGCAGCCUCAGAGCUGCAGGACGCUGUGGGAGAGGUGCUGUCCUCGCUCAGGGAGCAGCGUGUGACCGUGUUGCUGAUGGCCCGGGACUGUGACGUGAGCGGGAUGGAGAGCUUCUCCUCCGAGGUGGAGCAGGCCUCCGACGCCCCCCUGCCUCGGGCCCUCAGAUCACACGUCACGUUCAAGAGCCCCGCCGUCCUCAUCUACACGUCUGGGACCACAGGUCUCCCCAAAGCCGCGGUGGUCAACCAGAACCGGCUCCUCAUGGCGCUGGCCGUCCUGGCGUCCAACGGCGUCACGGCAAGCGAUGUAAUCUACCUCAACCUGCCGCUCUACCACACAGCCGGCUUCCUCGUGGGCUUCGUGGGCGCCGUGGAGACGGGCUCAUGCAUCCUCCUGAGGAGGAAGUUCUCCGCCUCGCAGUUCUGGGUGGACUGCAGGAGGCACAAGGUGACGGUGAUCCAGUACAUCGGGGAGGUGCUGAGGUACCUCUGCAACACGCCUACGCGGCCCGACGACCGGGACCACUGCGUGCGCCUCGCCAUCGGCAACGGGCUGCGGGCUGACGUGUGGACGGACUUCCUGCGGCGCUUCGGGAACAUCGGGGUCCGGGAGUUCUACGCCUCCACAGAGGGGAACAUGGGCUUCCUGAACUACACCGGCAAGAUCGGCGCCAUCGGACGCACCAACUUCCUGCAGCACAAGUUGUUCCCGUACUCACUGGUUAAAUACGACACGGAGCGCGACGAGCCCCGGCGGAACGCCCGCGGCCUCUGCAUCGAGGCUGUUAAAGGUGAGACUGGGCUGCUGGUGUCCAAAAUCACGGAGCGCGCUCCUUUCAUCGGCUACGUGGGGAACGAGGAGCAGACGGAGAAGAAGAGGCUGCGGGACGUCCUCAGGCCUGGAGAUCUGUACUUCAACAGCGGAGACCUCCUGAGGCUGGACCUGGAGGGCUUCCUCUACUUCCAGGACCGCGUGGGCGACACCUUCAGGUGGAAGGGCGAGAACGUGGCCACCACAGAAGUCGCGGACGCCCUUUCCCUUGCGGGCUGCGUGAGAGACUCCAACGUCUACGGCGUUGAGGUCCCAGGCCAUGAGGGGAGGGCGGGGAUGGCCGUCCUCACGCUGAGGGAAGGCGCUCAGUUCGAAGGCGGCCUCGUGUACCAGCAGGUGGUCGGCCUGCCCUCCUACGCCCGGCCUCGCUUCAUCAGGAUACAGACGGAGGUGGAGGUGACCUCCACCUUCAAGCAGCUGAAGAGGAGGCUGGUGGAGGAAGGGUUCGACCCAGAGAGCAUCGCGGACCCCCUGUACGUCCUGGACGAGGCGGCCCAGAGCUACAGCCCCCUGACCCCCCGGGUGUACGGCCUCCUCUCCUCCGGGGGCAUCAAGCUGUAGUCGGGGGGGGCUGGGGGGGCCUCACCGUUCACACUUUAGAACAACACUUUAUCUACGGCCCCUCAGUGAGGGGGUCCCUCAGGGAGGGGGUCCCAUCAUGACUUCCCUUCACACAAUAAUAGUUGCCAGGUAAAUCAUACAUACCAUGUUGAACAUAGGAAGGGUGGUCUGCCGCAGCUACUCCUUCCAACCAAUCACAAACCAGCCAAAAAAGAAUAUUAACGUUCUAAGCAAAUGAUUUUGCAUAGUUUGCAUUACCACAAAGGAAUUUUAGGCUACUUUAUGAAGCUUAACUUUGUCUGCGUGUUUGAUUAAAGUUCAGAAGCAUUGCACUCUGCUGACACUGUUAAGUGUCUAGUUUGUUUUGGUUAUUAUCCUCAACACGGCGCGUCACGUGAGUAUGUUUUUUUAAAAGUUGUCUAGGCCUAAGCUUUAGAAAAGACAUGCAUCUGCGGGUGCGCUGCGUGCGUUCAUGAAUGCGAAUUCAUGUUUGCCUCCCUGGUGAGCUCGGCCAGGAACAGCUUGGUUCCCCAUGUCAUCAGUCCCCAGAUGCAUUGCUGCUGAACAGACUUAACUUUCCAGUUAAAAUCGAGUUGAAGAAGGUAAGAUAAAUUUGUAUAAAUUCAAUACAUAUGUACUGUCAAUACUAAUCGAAAA